CAGUCAGGGGGUUUCCCUGAGCAAAAAGCACUUUCUGAGCGCAGCCAUGGUCUCGUCGGUGGACGAUGACCACAGACUGUAAAUGGCCACAGGCUGUUCAUGACGGAACAACCGACAGACUGCUCCUCCGUCUGUGACCGCGAGUAACCCCACUGACGUCCCCGCUGCUGCAAGCACGCGCCACCACCGGCGCUCCAAUCGCUGACGGAGCGUGGUCGUGACGUCACACAGCAGCUUCCGGGCUGGCAGCAGUGUUCCCGGCGAUGCUCAGAUUUUGAGGUUUCACCAGUUUUAGACCCGUUUUGUCUUGAAAUGGAACAACGUGUUUGAUUCCCAACAAAACACGCCGCGUCUGAAAGAUGAUAUCAGUGUAGAAUAAGAAGGUCCCAGUCGCCGGGAUACAGUGACGCGCUCCGGUGGCUCCUCGGCUCAGACGUAGCGAAGGAGAAAGGAGGUCUGGUUGUCCUGCUGCACAGAAGAAUCUCCGCCUGCAACCUUCACCUUCAGCAGCAAGUAAAUACCUUACAGAGCAGUGACAAGUGCGUCAUCAUUGCGCUCCUGGUUUGAUUCCCCUCCAGCAAGGACUUCAUCUGUGAAGAUGAAGUUAAAGGAGGACAUGAACCCCCUGCUACUGCAGGUGUUCCGCUCUGUUGUCUGGGUCUACUCUGUCAUCACCUUUAUACCCUGGUACUUCUUCUCCGGAGCAGGCAGUAAUUUGAAACAGGCACGCCGCAUAAAGGCGCUCUCAGUGAGCAAUCACCCAGCGGGUCCCUACAGGGCCAUCAACAGUCAAGAGAAGCUGGUAGCAUGGCUGCACCCUGGGGUGGACACCCUGGAUAAAGUGUUUGAAUACGCUGCAAAGAGGUUUCCACAGAGAGACUGUCUGGGCACCAGGGAGGUUCUCAGUGAGGAGGACGAGAUCCAGCGUAAUGGGAAGAUCUUCAAGAAGGUAAUUCUGGGCAACUACAACUGGCUGUCAUACGAGGAAGCCUACCAGGCAGCAAAGUGUUUUGGCAGCGGCCUUGCGUCUCUUGGCCAGAAGCCUCAGUGUAAGAUCGCCAUCUUCUGUGAGACCAGAGCAGAGUGGGUGGUGGCAGCACAAGCCUGCUUCAUGUACAAUUUCCCACUUGUGACGCUGUACGCCACCCUUGGACCCACGGCUAUCGCCCACGGCCUGAAUGAGACAGAGGUGACACAUAUCAUCACAAGCAAAGACCUGCUUCAUAGCCGACUUAAGGCCAUACUGUGUGAUGUGCCGAGGCUGCAGUACGUCAUUGUAGUGGACAGUAAACCCACAAGCUGGCCAGACAUCCCCAGAGGCAUCAUGGUCUACAACAUGGAUGCUGUGAAGGAGAUGGGAUCCAAGCCUGACAAUAUGGCUGUCGAGCACAGACAGCCGCAAUCCUCGGACAUCGCUGUCAUAAUGUACACCAGCGGCUCCACAGGCAUCCCCAAGGGUGUCAUGAUCUCCCAUGGCAACAUUAUUGCUGGUAUCACUGGCAUGGCUGAGAGAAUUCCUAACCUCAAUGAGACAGACACCUACAUUGGCUACCUGCCGUUGGCCCAUGUUUUAGAGCUCAGCGCUGAACUGGUGUGCAUCUCUCAUGGCUGUCGCAUCGGUUACUCCUCCCCUCAGACUCUGGCCGACCAGUCCACAAAGAUAAAGAAGGGCAGUAAAGGAGAUACCAGUGUGCUAAAACCUACUCUCAUGGCUGCUGUACCAGAGAUCAUGGACCGGAUCUACAAGAAUGUGAUGACCAAAGUGGAGGAGAUGAGCAAGUUCCAGAAGACGCUCUUUGUGCUGGCUUACAACUACAAGAUGGAGCAGAUCUCUAAAGGCUACAGCACGCCUCUCUGUGACAGUCUGGUUUUUAAACGGGUGCGUUCGCUGUUGGGAGGCAACACGCGGGUGCUACUGUCUGGCGGAGCGCCGCUCUCAGCUGCCACACAGCGCUUUAUGAACAUCUGCCUGUGCUGCCCUGUGGGGCAGGGCUACGGCCUGACGGAGACCUGUGGAGCCGGCACUAUCAGCGAGGUUUGGGACUACAGCACAGGACGGGUUGGUGCUCCACUCAUUUGUUCAGAGAUCACACUUAAGGACUGGCAUGAGGGUGGUUACUUCAGCACAGAUAAGCCCAACCCACGGGGAGAAAUCUUGAUCGGCGGGCCCAAUGUAACGAUGGGUUACUACAAAAACGAAGUCAAGAAUCGUGAGGACUUUUUCGUGGAUAAGAAUGGCCAGAGAUGGUUCUGCACUGGAGACAUUGGGGAGUUCCACUCGGACGGAUGCCUCAAGAUCAUCGAUCGUAAAAAGGACCUGGUGAAGUUGCAGGCAGGCGAGUACGUGUCUCUAGGGAAAGUGGAGGCUGUGUUGAAGAACUGCCCUCUCAUUGACAACAUCUGUGCCUAUGCUAACAGUGACCACUCGUAUGUGAUCAGCUUUGUGGUGCCGAACCACAAGCAGCUAAUGGCACUGGCGGAGCAGAUGCAGGUGCAGGGCACGUGGGAGGAGCUCUGCAACAACUCACAGAUGGAGAAAGAGGUCCUUCACAUCAUUACUGAAGCUGCUAUCUCAGCAAAACUGGAGCGAUUUGAGAUCCCCAAGAAGAUCCGGCUGAGUUCUGAGCCCUGGACACCAGAGACUGGCUUGGUCACCGAUGCGUUCAAACUGAAACGCAAGGAGAUCAAAACGCAUUACCUGGAAGACAUUGAGAGGAUGUACGGUGGAAAAUAACACACUCCAAACCACACACAAACACACUCACACAUACCCAAGGAACUCAAAGGCCUCUACCAGGACAACAUGGAGCUGUAAGUUAGAUACAGGUAACACACACACAUUAAUACAGACGCAAAGAGCGUCUCAUACACCUCUUCAUCCUCGGCUUCCCUGCGACCAGCUUUGAUCAAAAGAGGGGACUUUGUUCUUGAAUCCGACUAAAUGCUUUCUGUGACGACCAAAAGGCAAGAAGGUCCCCCGCAGACAACGGAACCAGCCAGACACUAACGAUGCAACGCACUCACCACUACUCUUUGAUGGAUUUUUUGUUUUAGCCCCUUCGAGUUGCUAUGACAACUGAGGCGGCACACAAAGUCUGAUGUCUGCAUGACUCGGAGCAAAACAAAUGUCAGGCUAGACGAAUCUGGAUCAGUGUCAGAACCCCCCUCCCUCAUAUCUCUGUUGCUUCUCUUCCUCCCCCUUCGCAUGGUGGUGGACUUGCAGUGCAGACACCUGGCAGGAGACAUGAAUAGAAGGAUCCCUCCUGGACUUUGAAUUCAUGUUCAGGUUGGAGUCUAUGCAGGGAUCUCUAUCAUCUUAUUUUUUUUCAUAGAUAUAUAUGUGUUGCUAUGUUUCCCUCAAGUUUGGUUUUCAGUUUUGAAACCUAUUUGAUUUAGUUGGUUUUUUUUGUAUGUGAGGAAUCUGUGUUGUAAAGCCAUGAGAGAUUGAGCAAUGAAGGUGUUUUUAAAUACUUUUUUCAAGCUGUUAUUCUAUUAUUUUAUUAUUAUUAAGUGUUUAUUUUAUCAUUCCUAUUUUUUGGUUGACAUAUUCUUUAUGCUUAUUUUAUUUUAAAGAACUUUGUAUGCAAGCUUUCUUUCUCCCUUUAUUUUCUCAUGUCCCAAAGUUUGUACAUUUGAGUUUGUGUUUACUGACUUGACUCCAGUCCUCAAUCCCCUCUGAUCUCAACCUUUGCGGCAGAGUUUUUUUCAAUUCCUACACUUUCUGACCAAAUUUAAUUUUUCUCCAUAUUGGAACAGUGCCUCCUACUGGAUGCCUGUGUCUUUUUGGCUAUUUUCUUGGCAUCGUUGAUCCCCUUCAGACCUUUGGGUAUCAAUUUGGGUGUUGAGCAAAGGGGUGAAUGCAGCCAAACGUGUCCUCAACACAUUCUCAGAUCCAAUCGCUCAAAACACGUUUGCAAGAGUUCACAAAGCAUUCUUUUCGCUGUAUUAAUGCCAAUGCAUGCUGGGCCACAUAUGAAGGACCACCCGGCGUCUACUCAGCUGACGUCCUCUGACGAGCUACAGUUUCAUGAUCUAUCAAAUAUAUUUUUAUGCUUCUCAAUGAUCAUACUCAGCCCCUCGUGACUUCACUCUCUCACUCGCUGAGGCACACACAAAAAUUGUCAUCGGAUGAUUGUGUAAACAUAAACUGGGUAAAAACAGCCUGAUUUGUCUUUGGGAACAGAAAUGACACAUGUUUAUUUGCACAUAGAGUAGGGAGGGAGAUUUGAUCACAGGAGUCAUGUUCAGGACUCAUUUUAAAGUCGGGUGUGAACAGGCGUGUGAUCAGAUCUCUCAAGACAGAUGUUGAUUCCAGGUGUGUACAGGGGGAUUGAUCUACAGUAGCCCUGCAGCAGCAACUAAUGACCAAUGCCUCGUAUGGAUGUCUCUAAUGAGGGAACCCAGCCCACUACAGAAAAAUCGCUGGUGUAACCGUACAUGUUACUCCUCUUGCCAUAGGUCUAUUACUUUUAUCCCUUUUUUUAAACUUCUGAAUAUGAUAUACAAAAUGAAUGUGCAAUAUUUAUACACAAAAUGUAAACUGUGUAGGAAGGAUAGUAAUGCACAGACAACAGCCCCUCCAUUGUGUAUGAAUGUCUAGGCCUGUUACUGUCCACCUCAGUGCAUCGUGGGAAGUCUGUAGGAAAAAAAUAAGCCGAGAAAUAGUUAAGAUUAGAACGGUAGAGAGACACUGAUAAAGAAGUCUAGAUGUAGCCCGUUUAUAAGUACCAUGCUGAAAGAUGUGAUUUUUUUUUUUUUUUACAUGAAACUUGUAAGGUGAAAGAUUUUAACUUUUUGGCAUUGUAGAAAUUGCAUGAUGAAAUGUGUGCAACUGUACCAAAGCACCUAAAUAUAUAUUUGAGAGAGAGAAGCCGGAGAACAGCGCUCCCAAGGAAUCCCUCACUCCUUUAAUUAAUCGCGAGCAGACGCUGACUUGACUUCACCGAGUGCAAAUAACGUUUCUCUAUCUCCAAAUUAGUUUAUGUGUAUGAUACCUUUCGUGCAAUGUAUAUAAGAAGCUCUUAGAUUCUGUUAACUGCCAUUUAUUUGAACCCACGUAUAACGGGCACAUUGAUUACUGUAGGUUUUUCAGAUUGGUAGUGAAAUGGCAGCAUAAAUACAAACUUGCUUCAGCAUCUUUUUGUUUUCUUUAGGUUUAUGGACACAAGGUUAAACUGUGUUCGGCCGGUGGUCAACAUCUUUCUUUCAGCUCUUUCUCUCAAUGCAAAUCCUGUUUUGCUUUUACUGAGGACAAAUGGCAGGACACACUGUAGGUAUUGUCAAUAAAACACUCUUACUUAAAUAUCUACGAGCUUAAGACACACGAGUUAUUUUAGCAUGUAGAAAUUUGAAGAUACCCUCAUCAAACUGUUUUUGUAAAUAACAUCUCUCUCCUGACGUUUCAGUGAAAAGUCAGAUUACUGUGCUGUUUGCUGCUCUUUCCUCUGCCCAACCAGAGGCGGCUAGUUGCCUUCAGACACACGUGAGCUAUCUCCAGGUGUUUUAAAGAAUGUGAAGCACUCCCUGAAUUCCGUGGAUAGCACACACACGCUGUGUCCAACUAUCUACACAUCCAUUUGAACUAACGGCAAAGCAAAGACAGCGGGGGGGUGGGGUGUGAAGAUGAAUUUCACGUCUCCUGUUGUUUUCAUUUGCAAUGUAAAUAUUUCUAGAGGGGGUGGGGGAUUGAUGAUCAAACUACCAAUAACUGUACAGGUGUAAAGCCUCCUAUUGACAUAUUUAAUAAUCUUUGUUACUGACAAAAGCUUGGAGUCUCCUCCUCAUUUUUUGUGGUGAAGCAGCCCAGCGAGUCGGGCUAUUGCAAGUGUCUCCUUCUUUAUUUAUUUGUGAUUUGGCCUUGGAAAUUAUGUAAUGAAAUAAACUAAAAGGUUUGUGUUGUAA